GUCGUGGAGGUGAACGCCAAUUGAAUUCGAUGAACCCCAAAGCUUCAAACUCUACUGCUUGCAAUCGAAGAAGUGGGGAACGCCAAAGGCAAGCACGCACCAUCACAUCAUCGUCGUUUAACUCUGCCCCAAAUUGAUCAAACCAGACAACUUCAUCGCUCGGGCCAUAGUGUUUUUGUUCGUAUCAACUGCAUUUCAUCUGAGUUCUGUUCAACGCCUUCAAUGGCUUUUCAGAGCAAGAAACUGAUCAACGACCCAAAUGACGUUGUGAGGGAGUUCAUUGAGGGUCUUGCGGAGACAUAUCCUGGGUUGCAGUAUUUGGAUGGGUUUCCUGAUGUUAAGGUUGUCUUGCGUGCUGAUGUUUUGGGUGCAAAAUGCGACACGGUUGCCGUUAUAUCAGGAGGUGGAAGUGGCCACGAGCCUGCUCAUGCUGGAUUUGUUGGGCAAGGGAUGUUGACAGCAGCUAUAUGUGGAGAUGUUUUUGCCUCUCCAAAUGUUGAAGCCAUUCUUUCUGGUAUACGAGCUGUUACUGGUGCUAAGGGAUGCCUCUUAAUUGUCAAGAAUUAUACUGGUGAUCGCUUGAAUUUUGGUUUGGCUGCGGAGCAAGCAAAAUCUGAAGGCUAUGCAGUAGAGAUGGUUAUUGUUGAAGAUGAUUGUGCUUUACCACCUCCAAGGGGAGUUGCCGGACGAAGAGGUUUGGCCGGAACAAUUCUUGUUCAUAAGGUUGCAGGAGCUGCAGCUGCUUCUGGUCUACCACUUGCUGACGUUGCUGGUGAAGCAAAACGUGCUGCAGAAAUGGUGGGAACAAUGGGUGUUGCAUUGUCUGUUUGCACAUUGCCUGGUCAGGUUGCUUCAGACCGCUUAGGACCUGGAAAAAUGGAGCUUGGCCUUGGAAUCCAUGGAGAACCAGGUGCUGCUGUAGCCGAUCUUCAGCCUGUAGAUGUUAUUGUUUCUCAUGUUUUGAAGCAGAUUUUGUCACCGGAAACCAACUAUGUCCCAAUCACACGCGGGAAUAGAGUUGUUCUCAUGGUUAAUGGAUUAGGUGCUACACCAUCCAUGGAAUUGAUGAUUGCUGCUGGAAAGGCUGUCCCCAGAUUGCAGUUGGAACAUGGACUUGCUGUAGAGAGAGUGUAUACUGGAUCAUUUAUGACUUCUCUUGAUAUGGCUGGAUUUUCAAUUUCUGUAAUGAAGGCAGAUCAAGCAAUUUUGGACUGGUUGGAUGCUCCUACUAAGGCCCCAUACUGGCCUGUUGGUGUUGAUGGUAACCGCCCACCUGCCAAAAUACCAGCUCCCCUUCCUCGAUCACAUCUUAUUAAGAGUGAUGAGGCACUGAGCCGGCCCAAAAAACUUACAGCUGAAGGUCAUAUUCUUGAGUCAGCUAUCGAAGCGGCCACAAAUGCUGUUUUAAACCUUCGAGAUUAUUUGAAUGAAUUGGAUAGUAAAGUUGGUGAUGGGGAUUGUGGAUCAACUAUGUAUCGAGGUGCGAUGGCCAUACUUGAAGACUUGAAGAAGUAUUAUCCUCUCAACGACCCAGCAGAAACUGUAAAUGAAAUCGGAUCAACUAUUGAAAGAGUCAUGGGAGGAACAAGUGGUAUCAUUUACAGUAUUUUAUGCAAGGCAGCAUACGUGAGCUUGAAGGCAGAGAUUCAGGCAGGAUGCUCUGCAGUGCACUGGGCUGAUGCACUUCAAGCUGGCAUUGCUGCUGUAAGUAGAUAUGGGGGAGCUCGAGCAGGUUACCGAACACUGUUAGAUGCUCUUGUUCCAGCUGCCUCAACUCUGAAGGAGAGGUUGAAUGCUGGGGAUAACUCUACUGAAGCUUUCAUAGCUUCUGCUGAUGCAGCUGUAAGUGGAGCGGAGUCAACCAAGAACAUGCAGGCUCAGGCUGGUCGAUCAACAUACAUCCCUGCUGAGAUUCUUGCAUCAGUUCCCGACCCAGGCGCCAUGGCUGCAGCUGCAUGGUACAGAGCAGCAAUUCUUGCUAUUGCGGACCCACGUGAGUCGGCAUGAGUUUAAUAUAAAUUUUCUACCUUAGAACUAAUUUGGGUAUUGAUAUUGAAACCUAUGUACAUCAACUGAUUGGCUUUCCGCGUGUGCCGUCCUGGUGCAUAAAGCUGAGAAAGAGGUUCAUUUGUACAUGAAACAUAGAACACCAAAAUUUAUAAGGCACAUUUCGGACUAAUAUCAGUAAU